CCAAGCGAUGGAAUUUUGUAGAAAAAUAUAUAUUUCACUGGUAACCCAACACAAUGUAUUGAGAUAGCUCGCGAAACAAGAUGGUACCAGCGGUUCACCGGUUCCUUUGUACAGAUUGUUGAAAACAACUUGCCGAAAUUCUUAAAAAAUUGCAAAAUGACGCGCAUCCAGUAAUUCAAGACUCUUUCAGAUAACUUCUGGAUAAUCCAUUAGAAGAAAGAGGGAAGAUGAAGUCACCUCCAACAACGCUGGUUUUGACCUGUACUGGGAACGUUGCUGAUGAAGACCUGGAAGACAGACUCGCAAAGAUAACAGCUGCCCUCAAGGAUCUCUCAGAGACUGAUAAUGAUGCUGUGAACCUCUCCAAGGUGGAGCCAUGGAACAGUGUCCGUGUCACCUUCAAUAUCCCACCCGAAGCUGCAGCACGUCUACGAGAGCUUGCUCAACGAGGGGACCCCAAUCUCCACAAGCUAGGUAUUCUAUCUGUGCAGGUGGAAAAUGGCGAGGCUAUUUCCCUGCCUCCUGCUCCAGCAAACGAAGCACAGCGCAGCCUGUUUUCUCCGCUGCCCUCAAUACCCUCGAGUACACCCCAACUUGCUCUUGGUACCCCAAUCGUUCCCCCGUCUCCUUCGCCCGUGAUGGCAUCUCCUCUGAAUCCGUCAUCGACUGCAACUCCUGCAACCAUGGUCGCUGGGCUCUCAAUAGGUUCUGGAGGUGGAUUAAAUUUCCCAAUGCCUGGUGUCAAUCUUCAGCAGGUUACCAGACCACCUCUCCAAGGGUUACCAGGCCCAGGCCCUGGGUCGUUGUUUCCUCAACAAGGUGCUGGAAACCUCUGGAAUGCCAUGAAUGCCCCUCAGCAACGCCCUAUCCAACCACCACCUGCUAGUUUCUGGAACCAGAUUCCCCAGUUUUUCCCCCAGGUCAACAUGGCACAGCCAAAUCAGCAGCAGAACGUGCAAGCUCAAACAGCUCCUACUCUGCCGACUCUGCCAACCCCACAACAAGCAAAAGCUCCAGUCAAAAAGAGGCGCAAACGCACAAAGAAAGCAAACAUCCAGCCUCCUGAACUAGCGGUAGCAGCAGGACAGCCCCUUCUACCCCUACCCCCUCAUCUACAGUCCCUACCUCCCACCACGACUCCAGAUAACAUUGACAGCUUCAACACCAGUAAACCAUCCAAUCUGAUCCUUCCACCAAGCUUAAUUGACAAUCCCAUCAGUCCAAAUUCACCUCCGUCUUCAUCGACGGCAACAAGUGUCAUGUCUGCUGCAUCUGUAGCAGUAACAUCAACAGUGCCAUGUACACAGUUUUCAUUCACUGAGGUACCCAUGACAAGGGGACUUGUCACAAGCCCGCAUACCCAACAAAUGCAGCUUCUACAGAAGAAAACAGACGUUGCACUGACGAGCCCACUCUUGGUAAAUCUUCUUCAGAGUGACAUCUCAUCGAAACAGUUUCCUCUGGCGAAUACUUCGGGAGGUAAAACAACCGGGACUAUUACCCCAACAACCGGUCAACUUGGACCUUUCAGCCAAGAGACAUUGAUGGCAACUCCUCCAACUACAGCACUGAGUACAAGUUCUCCAUUUACAAUCGGAAAUAGUGUCGGCACUCUGGGGACUCCAAACAUUCCGAAUAAUAUUCCCCCGUUUUUGACGUCGCAGGGAAACAUUUUGAGUCAGAUAUCCACGUCGGGUCAAUUCACGCCCACUAAUCCUAUGUUGCAGGCGAACAUUGGACAUCUCUCUCAGGAGCAAAUCCAAUUUCAACUCAAUCAGUUGACAUCUGCUGGGCAGUUCACACAAGCCCAAAUGCAGCAUGGUCAGUUUAUGCAGGGUCACAUAUCACAGAGUCCAAUGAUGCCGGGUCAAAAUCCAAUGCAACCAAACAUGCAAACUUUUCCGAUGCCUGGUGGGCACCAUUCAUCGAAUCCCUCCUUUGCUCCCCAGAUGUCCCACAUUCAACUCCCUAAUGUCAGGAUGUCCAUCGGCCCGAUAUCAAAUACAGAACAGAUUCCUCAAAAUCAGAUCAGACCAGGUUUUAUGCACCCUGGACAAAUGCCUCGAAACCAAGUUCCGAUAGAGUCUAUUCAGUUGCAACAAAACAACUUGCCAAUAACUCAGUCUAACAUUCAACCUAAUCGGCAGCUCGAAAUGAUCCCUAGUACCAUGUCAGUGAACCAAAUGGACCCUUGGAGUGUUGCUUCUACUUUUAGCUCAUCAACUGACCUAGAAAAGCAGCGGAUACUAAUGGAGCUUCAAUCCAAGAAACCAAAAGAAUCUAUUCCUAGUUGGAAUGGGAGUGACAAGCCAGCUGGACCUCCAAAGCCGAAGGUCGAAUUGAAUCCUGCAUUUGAUGAAGAAGCUGCUUUACGUGGUAUGACAGAGGCAGAAAGAGACACCAUGGCAGCUGCUGCAGUCAUUGCCAGGGAAGCCAAGGAGGCUGCUGAUGCUAAGAACGAUAAACAAUCUCCCAGCAAAGAUGUCUUACCUUCAAAGCCUGAACCCCAACUGAAGGACCAAGCUGUAAAAACAGUAACUUCAUCGACCACUUCAGGAUCAUUCACAGAAAGUAGCGGGUUGUCAACUCAACGGCCCAAAUCGGUUCCCAGUGCCAAUAUUGCUUCUCCAGUUACAAGCCUCUCAGAAGGGCAGUUUGACCUUUUGAAGGCUGGUCAGUUAUCAUCUAGAGUUGGACCGCAGACAGCACCAUCAAGCACUGAGAGGAGAUUGUCAAAUUCGCCCGUUCGUUUGUCUCCUCCGAAGAUGCCUGAAAACAUAAAGCAGAGGAGGACUCCCCCAUCAUCAGCCACCAGGCCAAUCCCCCAUCAGCAAGGCCAUUAUGGACCCAUCUCAGGAGGGUCGCCAACAUCUAUGUCAUCUAGCAUUGCAGGACUACAAACCUUGACGUCUAGAACCUUUGCUCCAGCAGCCCAGCCCUCCAUCAGGGAUAUGGCAUUAACGAGAAACAAUCCAGAGCACAAUACGCUUAGUCAGUUCCUGAGUAGUGUUACUCCACCCUCGGAGAUACUACAGAUGGCACCGUUGUUCCGCAGCGCUAAGCAGCAGGAAACAACUCCAAAACCCAUGCUAGGGGUUGCACCUAGCUCCACUGCUCCCCAGAGUGACUGGCUUUCUUUACCAUCUGUAGAAGGUCAGAAGCCUCUGCUACCUUUACCUUCUCAAAUAGGAGCACGGACACCAAUGCAUCCAGCAGAAUUUAGCGCUGCUACAGAGAGAAUGCUAGGGAGCAUGCUUGACACACACAAAUCUAAUAUCAGUGAUAUUGAGCGCCCACCAAAUCAACCAAGAGUCAUCACAACAGAGGGCAUCAAAUUUAUGCACCAAUUAGUUGGAAGAGCUACACCAUCAAAUACCACUAAUCAAGGCCCUGCUAAGGAUUCAUCUACCCUUAAAGACAUCCCACAGGAGCAAGAACAAGCUGGGUCUGCAAAACAAGAUGAUAAAUCACAACUCAAGGCACUGUUGAAUGAGAUUGGUAACCCGGAAAAAUGUCCAGUAGGGGCAAAGCUCCAGGUAGCCAGUACAAAUGUUGCAGAUGACAAAAAUGUUGAGAAGUUCCAACUAUCUACAACACCAACGUCAAGGGAUUCUGGUCUAGAUGUUAGGCAGCCAUCAUCCACGCCUCCAUCUGCUUCACAUCAUGCAGAAUCAUGGCUUGGUAUUCCAAAUCAAGGCACUCCUUUUCCCCAAGUAUCUCGCACUAAAGUCGAUACUGUACCACAACCUAGUAACAUCACCUCCAUGUACAUACCGCCUUCUAUCAUUGGUAAUCAGCAGCAACGAGCGAUGUUUAGCCGACCUUCUACUGAACAGCAGCUUGGAACAAGCUCUACAACUGCUUCUACAGCGGCAACAUUUGAAACCUCUCACCUUGGAAGUUUGUCGCCAUUUUCUGGUCUGGUAGGUGACGGAAGCAAGAGCGGACCGUUUAAAAAUUUUAAAGAAUUCGAUCAGACUUCUCCACCUGUGUAUCAUGGUCAGCCUCAGGCUCAACCGAGGGAAACCUUAAGUAGUAUUGAACAGAAAGAAGCUCAAUUCAGCCACAGUGUCGAGGGUUCAGCAACUAAUUUCCCAGGUCUGAAGCUAGCCAUGCCAUCCCAGCAUCAACUCCAGACUCACUCAUUUCCUACGCAUUUACCCACAAAAUCCCAUAUACCUCAGCAACCAUCAAUGCAGGAGACACCGAUGACAGUAUUGGAAAGAGCUCCUGAAAUUUUACUGUCACCCACUACGCUUUCAACAGCAUCAAAAGAGUUGUUAGAGAGCCUAGCAGCCCAUGGCACAGUCUCAGCAUUACAUCCUGCUCCAGAAUCAUUGCCUGAUGUUGGUGGCAGCCACGGUCCAGGCUCGGAGCAAAUAACUCAGAUGUUUCAAGGACCUACUUCUUCAAAAUCUGAAGCAGAAACAUGUACUGAAAUACCUAACAGUUCACCACCUGACGUAGCACCUGCAAUGAUCAACAGUAACUCAACAACAGAACAAACAAUGCCUGGCACUACUCCCAAUGCAUGUAGCUCUGCUUCUGUGACACCUACAUCAUCAACGCCCGAUCCACAAUCUGAUUUAGAGCAUCCAGCUGGCAAACCAGGAAUCACAUCUCAAGCAGUUAUUACAACAGCAGAAUCGAGUGUGGCAUCGAUCCUGCCAGCAAUACCCACAGUUGCUGUUUCAAGUGCGAGUGUGUCUGCAUUCACACCCGUCCAGCAAUCGAGUGAUCUUAGUGACAUGAAACAGAUGUCCUUGAUGCCACUUUCACAGCUGGUAGCAGCUACUCACGGGCCUCUGCAAAGUCACCUAAGCAGCCAGCCUAAAGCAAUUGUCCCCAUCACUCAAUCAUUACCAUCAUUAUCCCAGCCUCCUGUAAGUCGGCAGUCCACAGUGAACCUGCAAGAAAAUACUGUGCUCACAGGUGAGAAAGAGCAAAACACUCUUCUAUCUCAAGUUCCCAAGCCUGCCCUGCAGACUGAGAAUCCGAGAGUAGAGCCCCCAAGCUAUCAGCAGUCAUACCCAACACCAAAGUUGUCCGAGAAAAUGUCAAAAUCGAGUCAAGAUGAGGUGCAACGGGUUGAUCCAGAAUCUCCAUCAAUAGGUGUUGUUGGUGAAGCAGACAUUAAUUCACAGCAUGUGUAUGGAAAGCCUUCAGGAGAAAAGCGAGUAUCACAACUACGGCUGUCGCCCAAGGCAGGAUCAGGCAUUGGUCACCAACAAGGCCCUCAAACUCAAACGACAACCACAUCACCCGUAAAGCCUUCAAUUUACACUUCAGCAUCGAGCACCUUAGCACAAGCCCAAUCAAUUAUGGUCAAGACAGCAGCAAUGUCUAGGGCCUCUGGAAUCAUGAAGGCAACAGAACAGAUGUCAAGACCUGUGCGAUCAAGAACUCCACCAAGAGCAUCUCUGUCGACACUUCCCCCGACCACCUGUAAUAAUGACUCCUCACUUGGGAGUGCUAGUGCCUUGUUGAGCUCCAUUGCCAAGUCAGCAUGGACAGUCACGACUGCAAUGGCGUCGGCGGCAAAAGCCAAGGUCGUUCCAACCCCAAAGGCAACUGAUAAAAACCUUAUCCGUAUGAGAAGAUCCCCAGAGACACUCCCUCCAGCUGGUAAAAUGGCAACAGGAGAAAGAGGAUCAUCUAGCCAUGACACUGCUGGUCUGCAUGCUCGGCAAACACCAAAUUCACCCGCAUUUAAGAACAUCCCCAAGACCCCAACUGAUUCCUCUGCUGAUCAAAUGCAGCUGAUGAUGAAAAACGUAGAGGGAAGCCCAGGGUCAAGCCGAGUCCAAAUUGAUGCACCUAAUGUUACACAAAGAGAUUUGCAAUUCAGCUCUGCAGUUACAAAACAAACCUUUGCUGUUAAAGCCACGACAAGUGAUACUGUACACCCAACCAAGUCGUUGACUCACAGCUUCUCAAAUAGAAUAGAGAGUGAGAGUGUACCAACUACCCAGACAUCGCCAGUACCACCUCACCAUAUUGCGAGCCCUCUAUCAUCAAGUUUCUCAACGGCAAACCCUGUCUCUCAUCCGAUAAUUACAACCGCGACAGAAUCUCAGCUCACGACCAGGUUGAAAUCAACAAAAUCAUUCAUCGAUUUCACAGAAACAACACCCUUUGCCUUAGCGCAGCAGGCACAGCAGCAGGCUCCCCCACUUACAGAGACACUCGACGGGGGAAAACUAAACCUUUCGCCAGCCGAGUCUUUCACGUUUGGAGAAUGGCAACUGAGCACCCUUGAAAAGAGAUCUCCAUCUGAUGACCAGAAAUCUCAUGAAAAAAUCAGUUUGCUGGGACAACCCAAUAAGAGCCCUGCCUUUGUUUCAAACACUACAACAGUGGCUCCCGAGGAGCAAGCACACAUUUCCCCGAAGGCUGUAAGCCCAAGAGGAAAAUCACCUAUUGCGGAUACCAGUGCUCCUAUUGUACCGUGCAGCACCACAGAAGGAGACUUAAGAUUAGUAACUCCAGCAGCUGAGAUUGAUACACCCGGAAGUGAUCAGGUUAAUGACAAAUCAAACCAGGAUGAAGGUUCCAAGGAGACAGAUCAGAGUGUUGGAGUCAAAUCAGUUGAUCAGGAGUCUGCGAUCACAUUGCCGGCAACCUCAACACAAUCACCAGAGGAUGAGGGAGCAUUGAUCUCCUCUGAGGCAGUUUCUCCGAGCAAACCGGAGCUUCAAACCGGACCUGAUCCCUCAACCCUUGCCGUGACCAGCAUGAUGUCUUCGAUCCCAACUCGGGCAUCAUCAUCAUCUCCUGAGCCCCGUAAGAGACCCUUAUCUGAAAGCGUCGAGGAGCACCCUGCAAAGAAAACUAAAGAAAGCUCAUCCCCUAUCAAGGAUAGUGCACAAAAUUUAACAGGCCCUACUCAACAAGUCGAUGAAAGCAUCUCAUAUGAGUCUGUAGUCACACCUGCAGUAACAGGUGGAACAUUAUUGGAAAAAGACUUGGAGACUGAGUCUAUAAAGAUGCCGCCGAACACUGUAGAGGUGACUCCUGAUGUUGUUAAAGUGCCUGAACUAAACAAACUCUCUGAGGAUAAACAAGAAGCAGAGGUACCUGUCGGUGGUGAAGCAUCGACAGGAAUUGAAGCUGUAGUUUCUGCAGUAGCAACAACUGAUGAAGCUGUUAAGUCAUGCGAGGGGAUUAUGGAAAACCGCGUUGAAGAGACUCCAAAGUCCAGUUCGCAAGAAGAACCUAAUAAAUCUUGUGAGGUGGGUACAUCCUUGGACACGGAUAUACCUUCGGACUCGUUGCUCUUAAACAAACCAGAUCAAAUCACAAUCCUUGUCGAAGAAGUCGUACAAAAAGAUCCUGAAAGUGAAGAGUUGCUUGACAAAAUCUCCUCGAAAAGCGUGUCUGAUGAGCCGGCGAAAGGAGAGGUCUUGGGGACAGACAAACUUGAGGUUCCAUCUGCCAAGAGCCCUGACGAAGAGCCCUGCCACUCUGGGGCUGCAACGAACCUCUCAGAAAAGGAGCAAAGCAAGGAGGGUGGGACGAAGCAAGGGAAAGAUUCAGAAGGAGAGUUUGAACCUCGAAGGACAAGGCACACCUCAGAAGAAGUUCCUGGUAUGUCAUUGAGGAGUCUACGGAGCGGACGGCGUUCUCCAGCGGAGCAGCUGUCUCGAGGGAAGGACAGAGAGAAAGAAGAGUCACCUCCAACGACGAGGGGACGAGGACAGAAGGAUCGAGACAUGGCGGGGGACGUUGAUUCUGACGGCUCAUCCAGGAAACGAAGCACUCGCUCCUCAGGAAGAGGUAUGCCCAAAGAUAUGUAUUACGGCCCCGUACCAUCCUACAAAAGGCGAAAGAUGAACCAGAAGUAGAGUGUUGUCUACACAAGUUGCUCUCGUCUUCAAUCUGGUGUCCAAUCGCCAGGUCUAUUUCCUGACCUCCUGGAUUCUAUCACUGCUGGGUAUUGUUAUAGAAGGUAACAGCAUUGGUAACAGUUUUUAUACGCAGGGUCCAAUUUCAUAAAGCUGUUAAGUAGAAAACUCUGCCUAGCAAAUUUCUUAGCCGAGCAAAAAAUGUGUUUGGCACCAGUUGUUGAAAUGUUAACUUUAUGGCAUUUUGGCUGGUGACCAGUUUCUGCUUAGCAAGUAUUUCUUUUUUUCUUAGCAAGUUUUAUGCAUACAGGCUUGAUGGUAUUGGGUCUAGGUAACCAGAAUGUAAAGAUUUCAGCAUAAUGUACAAAGCAUUUGAAAAGUUCAAACGCUAAUUUCUAAAACUGGAUUAGGUUCCAACGAGCAUACGAGGACGGGAACGAAUGUCAAUGCUCCUGUGUAUUUUAGUAUUAUUUUUUUAUAUGAAUUAAGCGGUUGGAGCCGUGUGCAUUAUAUUUGUAAGGUUCUAGGUUGCAAUUGUCACAGAUUAACCCCAUGGUUUACACGGUUGACCCUUUAGACAACAUAACGGCCAGAAACAGCUUGGAGACUCGUUCUUAAAAGGCACUGAACACUAUUAGUAACUACUGAAAACAUAUGUCAGCAUAAAAACUUACUUGGUAACGAGUAAU